AUGGAGUCCAGGCAGAUGCAGAGGAAGCUGAACUAUGGACGGCACGACCCGUUACAGAGCGUUGUCGUGGAGCCAUGUGAAGAUCAAAAGAACGGCUACUGGAUCAUCUACAUCCAUGGAGGUGCUUGGCGUGAUCCCCGGAUCACAGCGGAGUCUUUCGAGACUACCAAAUCCGUCCUGCAAGCCAACUACGAUCUACCAUUUGCAGGCUUCGCCUCGCUCAAUUACCGACUCAGCGCCAGUGUAAAGUUCCCACAGGACAAGAAUACCACACCUGCGGAAGAAUACCGCAAAGCGAAGCACCCAGACCAUAUCCGCGAUGUCGAAGCGGCAUUGGCAUUCUUGCAAAACACAUACAACUUCGGUCAGCGGUACAUCCUCGUUGGCCACAGCUGCGGCGCCACUCUCGCCUUUCAGGCGGUUAUGGGCGCGAUAGCGGGACAUCGCGAGCAGGUCUCUGACCAAGGCACUAAUGGUUGCGAUGUGCAAACUGAGCCAGUGAGUUCGUCGCCUGAACCACUUCCCCCGCGUCUGUCGGCGCAUCCGGCGGCCAUCAUUGGCGUUGCAGGUAUCUACGACCUACGCGCAAUUGUGAAGUCGCAUCGGGAUAUUGUCGAGUACCGCCAAUUCGUCGAAGGAGCAUUCGGAGCAGACGAGACUUUGUGGGAUGCUGUCUCGCCAGCUCAAAUGGUGGGCCCUCGCGGGGUGGAAGGAGGGUGGAAGACUGGUAGACUCGCGGUGCUGGUGCACUCCGAUGAUGAUGAACUCGUGGAAAAGGCCCAGCUCGAGGCGAUGAGAGAAGUUCUUCGGGCCUGGGAAGCGCGAGAGGCGCAGAUUGAAAAGCAAGAAUUAUCCUCGGGAGAACGCCGCGUGCGGGUUGUCCCCAUCAGCGGAGGACACGAUGAUGCUUGGAAGCAGGGCCAUGAGCUUGCGCGCGCAAUCGCAACGGCAUUCGCAGAGCUUUCAAAGAUGGGCCUGUGUCCGGAGUCUGCAGCUCGAGCGUGA